GCGACGUUUGCGGUUCGCGGGUGCUUGACAUUUCCAGGGCUCACUGUGCUGCAGGCUCAACGUCCCUUUCUUCAUACUUGUGGUGUUUUCGUGUGUGUUGCAGUUACCGGGCUGUCAUGGAGCGCUGGCGGGGCAGAGUGGCUCUGGUGACCGGAGCCUCAGUCGGGAUUGGGGCGGCUAUAGCCGUAGAGUUAGUCCGGCUCGGCAUGAAAGUGGUGGGCUGUGCCAGGGACGUCGGAAAGAUUCAGAAACUGGCAGCAGAGUGUCAGAGUGCCGGUCACCCUGGUGUUUUGGUGCCUUUCAAGUGUGACUUGAGCAAAGAGGAGGAGAUUCUGGCCAUGUUUGCAGCGAUCAAAGAGCAGCACAAAGGUGUGGACGUGUGCAUCAACAACGCCGGCUUGGCUCACCCAGAGCCGCUGCUAAGUGGCAAAACCAGCGGCUGGAAGAACAUGAUGGAUGUGAACAUCCUUGGGUUGAGUAUUUGCACGCGUGAGGCGUAUCAGUCAAUGAAAGAGAGAAACGUGGAUGAUGGCCACAUCAUAAACCUAAACAGUAUGUCCGGUCAUCGUGUGCUUCCCAGUGCAACUACGCAUUUCUACACCGCCACCAAGUUCGCUGUAACCGCUCUGACUGAGGGCCUGAGGCAGGAACUGCGUGCAGAAAAAACUCAUAUCCGAGCCACGAGCAUUUCUCCUGGUUUAGUGGAGACUGAAUUUGGUCAACGGCUCUUCAAGGAUGAUCCCGAUAAGGCUGCCGGUCUAUACUCAGAAUAUAAGCCUCUGGAAGCAAAAGAUGUUGCCAGUUCUGUUGUAUAUGUGCUCAGUGCCCCUCCUCAUGUUCAGAUUGGAGACAUUCAGAUGCGAGGGACAGAGCAGGUGUCUUAGAGCUGCACCACGAGACCCUCUCAAACUAUACAAUGACAAAUUUCACUUCUUUACAAAAUUUUAAAAGAUAAUGACUUGAUACGAUCAUGAAACAAUUUUAUGGUGAUUUUAUUUUUCACAAAUGUAUAAAAUAAAAAACAAUCUUCAGGGGAAAUUUGUUGCAUUUCUUUUUUUAAUUGCAUUAAGGGGUGUCUGAUUUUUGAUAAAACCUUAAUGGUUUAAAAACCAUGUCUGAACCUUAAGUAUAAAUGUACUUGAAAAAUUAAGCAUUAGUAGUAUUAAUGAGGUAUAGCAAGAUAAUUGUACAAAUUUUAGAAAAACAAAAUGCAAAAAUAAAUAGUAAAUAUAUUUAUGUAAUAUUAAUAAGUGACACAUCACAAAUACAUGUAAAUAAUUAAAUAAAAUGGUGAACCUACUGACUCAUUGUUAUUCUUAAGCUGUGGUUUUGAUUACUAAUUGCCUGAGUUUCAUUAUUUUUGUUUCUGUCAGUAUUCCAGCAUUGUACAUUCUGUUUUAUAUUUAAAAUGAUAAGUCGUCUUAGAGGUGGAUUCUUUGUGUUUUAGUUGACUGUAGCCUCCCAUAUGUUUCUCUGUGCUGUGUGUUUUUGUCACAGCGCCGUGUCUAGUUGGUUACUUUCGGCUUUACUUUGGGAGUUGUCUCUUGUGCUUUGCCUUCCGUUUUGUUUUCCCAUGUCCUCGGUUUGCUUGUGUGCUCUGUUGUGUCACACUGUGUUCCAGCUCGCUUUGUUCCUAAUGUGCUUCCUGCUGGUUUCUUGUGUGUUUAGUUAUUCAUAUUCUGGGUCAGCCACAAUAAAGGCGCACAUUUUGUUUAUUCCAAGUGCAUCCCAGCAGUCUACAUUUGGGUCAUUUUCUCCUGCAAAGUUAGAUCUGAGCCAAUCACAAGACUUCUGGAGCAAUGCCCUUUGGACAGCGAGCAAAGUGGAGAUGUUUGGCUGUAAUCCGCAGCACCACAUUUGGCAAAAACCAAACACCUCACAUCGACUGUCAGCACAGUGGUGCAGGGGUGAUGGUUUGACUUGUUUUGCAUCCACAAGAGCUGGGCACUUUGCAGUCAUUGAGUUGACUGUGAGCCCCUCCCUAUACCAAAAUAUUCUAGAGACAAAGGUGAGGUCAUCAGUUUGACUGCUUAAAGCUUGGCUGAAACUGGGUCACGCAACGGGUUGAUUUAUGAUCAGCGAGUCCACAACAGAAUGACUGAAAGAGAAAAGAAUUAAGGUAUUGCAAUGAUCGAGUCCAGACCUGGACUUGAUUAAAAUGCUGUGGCAUAAACAAAUGUCAUCUUUUUUGAAACUCUGUAACUAGACUUCAUUUUUUUUUUUUUUUUUAAAUCCCCUCUCUCUCCUGCGGGUAGUCUAUCCUUAAAGCUCGGGUCCUCUACCAGACCCUGGGAGCUUGAAGGUGCGCUCUUCUAGGACUGUGCUCUUCUGAACAGAGGUCUCUCAUAUUGUUCCCGGGAUCUGCUGGAGCUACUCGCCUAGCUUGGGGGUCACUGCACCAAGUGCUCCGAUUACCACUGGGACCACUGUUAGCUCCACCCUCUACAUCUUCUCGAGCUCUUCUCUAGCUUCUCUAGCGUGUGCCUUCUUCCUGAUGAUGUUGUCAUCCCGUAUCGCUACGUCUAUCACUAUGGCUGUCUUUUUCUUCUUGUCUACCACUACUAUGUCCAGCAAAAUGUUGAGAUUACUUCCAGUCAGAAUUUUACUUUAAACCUAAAUACAGCAGGGGGAUGAAUCAUUUGGGGCUUGCAACCCUUUUAGCAUCCACACUAGACACACAACCUGUUUAUCUUACAUUCUCUUCAAUGAACACAGUGUCUGUUCUAACAUCAGGUUUCUUAUUUCAUUCCACACUGCCAGAAUCUGUAUCCCCCAUGCAGUGUUGGGGAGUAACGGAAUACAUGUACGCCGUUACUUAUUUAAAAUACAAAAUAUAAGUAACUGUAUUCCGUUAGUUACCGUUUAAAAGGGUGGUAUUUAGAAUACAGUUUCUUUAUUGAAAUAAAGGGAUUACACGGCGGUCUUUUCCUGUUUCAUAUGUUAGGCUCUCUAUUUUUGGUAAUUCCACACCGGUGGAAACCCAAAUAAAACACGCAUUAAGAGGCUCAAAUGCCUGUGUCUCAAUCUCGCGUCUCAUAAUGACGUGAAGAAAUAUUUUUUUUAAUGAUUUAAUAUGAAGGCAAUAGCAGAGUGUUACAGGCAUAGCCCUAAAGAAUGUAGCCUCAUGGGCAGUGUAGUCCGUGCUGCAGGGAGAAUGGACUGCCAUACCCGUUAUGUGUCUGUGAGCGAGGGAGGGAGAAAAAGGGCAGUGGAAAAGUACAACUUGUCACCGAGCAGAAACAGGAGCUGGAAGCAUGUAAAUAUAAUAAUAACCACUGCAGCCAAAAAGAGUGCCUGACGAGCCCAGUUGUAAGUAAGCUAUUAAGACUCGACUGUACACUGUGUUCGUGUUUUCCUCCAAAACAAUAAGUUCCGCUGGAGCAGCCUUUCAACGCCUCUCUCUGUCUCUUGCAAGCAAAGUUGACCCGGACAACAAAGUAAAGCUAUUUUUCGGCUACGAGCCCGACACGGAACGCUACGUACUAGCCAGAGCCGCGGACCUGUUUUAUAUACACGCGGAAUAGUUUUCUAUACGAGAUCGCUGCAAAAAGUGCAGCCUUACCUAAUGUCCACCCUACUGUUACUCAUUUUAUAUUAAGAUUUAAAAAUCUAGUUGGUAUUGGUAUGGCGAGUAGCCUUCAGUAAUAGUAAUAAAUCACACAGCAAUAGUACAUUCAUUAGUUUAAAAAAAGCAUGAUAAUAUAUUAAGUAAUCCAAAGUAUUCAGAAUACGUUACUCUCAUUGAGUAACGUAACAGAAUACGUUACAAAAUACAUUUUGGGGCAUGUAAUCUGUAGUGGAAUACAUUUUAAAAGUAACCUUCCCAACACUGCCCCCAUGUCAUAUUUUAAUUUAAGAUUAUGAUUAGUUAAUGCUCUUGAUCUUGUCUUUCUUGGACAGGAUCAGCCCACAGCCAUCUUCUAUUUGGGGGGGAACAGCUGCCCUCAUUCUUGUCAUUCAGCUACAGAAAUCUGUUUUAUGUGAUAUACAAACUCAAAGCUAUAAUCUGUUUACUUACAAUAACUUUACGUACACAAAGGUCCUAUGCAGUCCUAAAGGCUGAUCUGAGGAGCAUUUCUGACACAGACACCUCUAAGACUACUUAUCAUUUUAAGUAUAAAAUACAUUACAUUACAAUACAAAGCUGGCUUUGUUCAAUUAGUGCCUCUGCUAAAUGGAAAAACCAGCAGCUGGGUCAUGGUCAUGGUGGCCCCUUAGAUCUGGUUAGCAGUUAAAUGUUAGCAGUGUAAAUCGCAUUCUUCUGCAACAAGUCUGGACAUCGUGUAGUUUCCCACUCUCACAUACAUUAAUCACAUAAUCUCAGUUUCUGUGAGACACCUGCACAACUGUUGCGAGUUUCCUCAGUAUCCCCUCUUUUUUGCAGUGCGUUUUUUCUGGUUUAGUGGAGACUGAAUUUGCUCCAUGACUCUACAAGGACAAUCCCGAUAAAGCUGGUGCAAGCGACAGAGCAGCCCUUAUAUAACUACACCCUGUCAAAUAAUGUACUGAAAAUGUUUUACUUCUUUACUACAUUUAUGAAGAUGAUUUUAACUUGUCAUUAAACAGUUUUAUGAAGUUGUUAUAGACAUUUACUAAGGUAUGAAUUAAUCAAAUAAUUAUUUGGGGAAGAACUUUGUUGUACUUUACUAUCUCAUUGCAUUUCAAGGAUGUUUGUUAAAAACAUUAAACCUCAAGUGUGAAAAUAUAUAUUUCAGUAUCAAAAAAGUAUUGCUAAAAUAGUAAUAUAUUUAGCUUAAU